AUGAUCAACGACACCCUUGCAUUUGGAGAACUGGACACGAAUGUUUCUGAGCCGCUGCCGCCUCUCUCUAUCAGCCAAAACCACAGUGCGUUCCCUGCGCUCCGGCUGGAGUCCAAGUCUCUGGUCAUUUCAGCCACGAUGUUCGCCGUGGGAGUUCUAGGGAACCUCAUCGCCAUAGUUGUGCUGUGUAUCUCCAAAAAGGAGCAGAAGGAAACCACUUUCUACACUCUGGUCUGCGGGAUGGCCAUCACGGAUCUGUUGGGAACGUGCUUCACCAGCCCGGUGGUGAUCGCCACAUAUGUGGCCAGCCGCUGGCCAGGAGGAGCGCUGCUCUGCCACUUCUUCUCCUUCUCCAUGCUCUUCUUCGGCUCAGCCGGGAUGUCCAUCCUGUGCGCCAUGGCUGUGGAACGAUACUUGGCCAUAAACCAUGCCUAUUUCUACUCUCAGCACAUAGACCGGACAAUGCCGCGCUUUGCGCUCUUGGUCAUCUACCUUGCCAACAUUGUACUGUGCAUUAUGCCCAGUUUGGGCUUCGGGCAGCACGUCAGGCACUUUCCCGGGACUUGGUGCUUUCUAGACUGGAGAGCGAUGGAUCCACUCGGGGCUUGCUACUCCUUCCUGUAUGGCGGCGUGAUGCUGGUGCUGAUCGCAGUGACAGUUUUGUGUAAUGUGGCGGUGUGUAGGUCGCUGGUGGGGAUGAACCAGAGGACAGGAAUAGUCAGGACCGAGUUGUGUGAGCAGGGAGGAUCACGUCGCCGCUUCCCCCGGCUGCCGUCGGUCACCUCAGCGGCGGAGAUCCAAAUGUUCUGGCUUCUGAUCUUCAUGACCAUCGUUUUCCUGGUCUGCUCCAUCCCUUUAGUGGUGCGAAUCUUCGUUAACCAGCUAUACGACCCUGCCUAUAUUUCUGCUGGGGGAAAGCCUGACUACAGGAGCGACAUGUUGGCGAUCCGCUUCGCCUCAUUCAACCCCAUAUUAGACCCCUGGGUGUACAUUUUGUGCCGGAAGAACCUACUGCUAAAGGGCUGCGAGAAUCUGAAGAAGACAGUGACCCGGGUUAAAGACGGUCGUGGUGACAACAUUGGCUGGGCAGGAGGCCAACACUCCCCUGCGUCUUUGAACAGCAAUGACACCAGUUACGCGUCAUUGCGCACAGCCAGCUACAGGAACGCUGUGAACCCCCGGGUGUCCAUCAAGAAUAAAUCCUUUACAGACUUCGCAAUGAGGCAAGCGUGGGAGUACGACACCGCACGGGUGAACUUUCACCCGUUCAGCGUCGAGUCGACCGCGAUCCUUGGGUGUGAAGAGGAAGAAAGAGCUGACUCCAAACAGGAGGUGGCGGCCAAUUCAUCUCCAGGAUGCAGCGCAACGCCGCUCCUCCCUGCGCACGUUAGAAGAGUGGACAUUGUCACCUGCACGUUCAGCUCACCGAGUUCAUGUCAGUCAGCGAAAUACCUUUGA